UUCAUUUCUGGUUCUGUGGUCUCCAUAGCUAGCCGGCACAACGAGUAGAGGAACAGCUCUGGUUACCAUCCAUUUAAAAAGAAGGAGAGAGAGAGAGAGAGAUGGAGAUGGAAUCUUGUGUUCCACCAGGGUUUAGGUUCCACCCAACAGAAGAAGAACUUGUUGGGUACUACCUGAAGAGGAAGAUUAACUCUUUGAAAAUCGAUCUGGAUGUUAUUGUUGACGUUGAUCUGUACAAGAUGGAGCCAUGGGACAUCCAAGCCACAUGCAAUCUAGGGUACGACGAACAGACGGAGUGGUACUUCUUCAGCCACAAGGACCGGAAGUACCCGACCGGAACCCGGACCAACCGAGCCACGGCGGCCGGGUUCUGGAAGGCCACCGGCCGCGACAAGGCGGUGCUGUCGAAGAACAAGAUCAUCGGGAUGAGGAAGACCCUCGUCUUCUACCGGGGACGAGCUCCCAACGGAAGGAAGACCGACUGGAUCAUGCACGAGUAUCGCCUCCAGACCUCCCAAAACGCACCCACUCAGGAAGAAGGAUGGGUGGUAUGUAGAGCAUUCAAGAAGCCAAUUCCCAACCAAAGGCAAGGCUAUGAUCACCACCAAUGGAACCACCACCACCACCACCAUGGCUACAAUCCUCUUCACUCAUCACCAUCUGAAGCUUGUUCAUCAACAUCCCACCAAUACUUGCCACCUCAUCAUCAUCAUCCUCAUCACAUCCACAAUCAAGAUCACAAUCAGCUUUUCAUCUCCCCUAGUUCCCAGUCCUUCACUGACAUGAUGAUGAUGAACAGCCAGCUGAUGGUCGUCCACCAUCAUCAAGAUGAUCAUCAGCUCCCGCAGCUGCUCGACAGCCCCAAUAAUGCCAUCUCAGCAAGUUUUGGUGCAACCACCACCAACACCAUGGCAGCUGCUGGUGGCAAUUUGAAGAGCAAUAACUUGGAGGAGUUGCUUGUGUCCCAAGAAGCCAAUAUCUGCGGCUCGAGUUCGUCGCAGAUGAUCUUCUCGUCGUCUCUCCCGAUGUUGAUGCUCGACUCCGAAAGUGGUGGAUCUAUCGAAGCCGACGAUGGUUCUUGUUUUCUAGAUUGUUUUGCCGAUGAUUGAUUGAAGUACGUACGUAGUUUGAUUUCGUAACAGCAUUAUACACGACGGUUUCUAUUCUUGCAUCUUGUGAGAAUCUUAUUUGGUUGGUUCCCCAUGCACACGUAUGCCAUAGGUUUUUUUUCCUCUUUCUCUUUUUGGUAUUUCAGAUGCUUUUAGUUUUCUCUUUGGGGGGUUUGCUUUUGAUCACUUCGUAUGUUCUGAUUUGCU